GUUUCUGGGUAAAAAGUUCAUACCCUGGAUAAAGCCACAAAACUCUCUUCCAUCGAACUCACUUCCUUCCAUCGCCGAUUACCGCCGCCGUAGGCCUUGCCACCGCCGAUUACUCUUUUCCACUCAUUCAAACCGCAUCUCGAUUUAUGUUUCGUCUAUUCUCCACCUUAGUUGUCUCAGAUCCACCAUCGCCAACGUCCUCCAGUUCCAAAGCCUCUGUUGCUGCAUCAUCCUUCUGAGUGGAAUUGCUGACGACAACUUGUAGCUGUGGAUUCCGGCAACAACUACACCUUCUCCAACUAGUCCGAAAGUGGUGGAGAUCAUAGCUUCCGGUCGCAAUUUUUGUUCUCUUUUUCUCCAAUGGCAGCUCCUUUUACUACUGCAUUCUCGCCGAUUUCUUCUUUUUCUUCUAGUUGCUGUGUUGAGCUUACCACAUCACCGCACUUUCUGAUGAGACUGAGUUGGAAAGUGUUUCAUCCGAAGAUCGCCAUGGAAGAUGGGCGAGUGACUUUCAAAAUUGUUCUUUCAUACCACGGGGCAUCUUUUGAUGGGUGGCAAAAGCAACCAGGAUUGAGUACCGUUCAAAGUAUAGUAGAAGGUUCACUUGGCAAAUUUGUUGAUAAAAAGAAAACUCAACUACUCAAAGACAAAGGUUUGCCUGUUGAAGGCUGUGCUGUUGUUGCAGGUUGUACUGACAAAGGGGUGACAACACUUCAACAAGUCUGUUCUUUCUAUACUUGGAGGAAGGAUGUUAAACCAAGAGAGGUUGAGGAUGCAAUCAAUAGUGUAGCACCCGGAAAACUUAGGGUCAUAUCAGUUUUUGAGCCAACAAGAAGAUGAACGUAAAAUUAUCUCUGAUGGAGUAUCUUCAGUGGCAGGUUAUUAAUCUCUUUCAUCUCACCUUAUGCUACUUUUAAAACCCCCUUCUCUUCCUUUUUUUUUUCCAAUUGCAUCCUAGUUAUAUUGCAGGUAAUUUGUUUUCUCUGAUAUUUGUUCCAUUUUGGGUUUGAGCAAAGUAACUUGCUUUUCCAGAAGACAAAGUGAUUGAUGAUAUGUAUGAAUUGACUCUGUCAUUAACCUUAUAACCAUUGUUAGCAUUGGACCCGUGUUUCUUUAAAUUUGAUUGAUUUAUUGAUUUGGUGUAUUUUUUUUUUAAUUCUUUAGGCUAUUUGUGUUUCCAGAAACAGAAAUAAAGUAUUUUAUCUCUCCAAAGGUAAAAUCAAAGUGCAACUAUCAAGGACAUGAACAUAUAUAAUUAUAUAUCAUCAUUUAAUUUCCAUGUUUGAAAGAGGAAAAGUACUAAAUUGCACAUUCUAGCUAGUAAGCUUCAUCCCUUUAGUGAAGCGUUGAACAGAUAGAUAUAUGCUACAUAAGAUAAAGUACCUAAUCAUUGAACUUCAAAUAUAUUUCUACAACGUUGCAAUAAUUGAAUAAAAAAUAGAAUUCAUUUUAUGACACAACAUCAUAUAUUUCUACAACUUUGAAAAUAAUCUCAAUCCUUGUGUAUGAGUGAAAAAGAAUGAAAGCUGGUUUGAUAAUAAACCUGAAUUCAAUUUAAUCAUGCAUGUAUAUAGCAUAUAUUUGUUCAAACUUUGAAGUUAAAAGUUUCUUUAAUCAAUCAAGUAAAAAUUGCUAAGACUACUAAGUGGCCAUUAAUGUAUUGAUCAGCAAGAGAAAAUAACAAAAAGAGAAAUAAUAUAUAUAUAUAUAUAUAAGCAAGUGAAUUAUUUAAACAAAUAAAACAAGGACAUAUGUUUUAUUGAUUAAGGGGAGGCAGCUGUUCUGAAAUGCAACACCAACUUUUAUUGAUUGAUAAUAAUGAUGAUGAUAAUAAACGCCAACAUGAGAAUCUAAUAAGAGAGGAUAAGAUUAAUAAAAAUAUGAAAGUGAAAAGAUAAGAAGAGUUUUAGCGGAAGGUAAGUUGGGACUGAAGCAAGAGCUAGUGAGCCCUUUAAUUUGGAGAUGAGAUAAGCUCAUAAUGUGGUUUCUUAGUUGCUUCCAAGAGAGUCACUAGUCAGAUAUUGCUUGCUGCGUUCAACCAAACCGAGUGGUUAUUAAGAAUAAAAUUAAAUAUUAAGAAUAUUUUAAAAAAAAUUAAUGAAAUAUUCUUUACAAAGUUACUGAACUAUAGAACAACAAGAUCAGUGUAAUAGUAACAACAAGAUCAGUGUAAGGUGAACUCUAGUUUCUCCUUUAACUUCAAUGAGGGAGACUCCAAAAUGAUCCCAGGUACUGAACUAUAGUACAUGACAUGUUUCUUGUGAUAAUGACAUUUUUUUAGACUUGAUAAUGUCAUUAUUUGAGCAUGUUGCGUUGAAAACUUUGAUAAACACUCUCUUCUCUUACUCUGUUAGAUAUUCAUGGCUUGAAUCAGAUGCCUUGAGCUUUUAUCACUAAUUAAAAGUUUAAUUUCUUUAGAUGUUAAGGUGAAUUGUACUCAGGCUUUUACCUUAUGGCGCAAGAGUUUUUCUGAUAUAUGGGAUGAGCUACAACUUGAAGAUCGUGAUGAUGAUACAACAGGUUAUAAGUUACACAAGAAUCCUAUUAGUGGAGGUACUUAGUAUACCAUUAUGUUUAAAUUUAUUUAAUCUGUGGAAAACAAUACUAAUUUAAUGUUGUUUUUGCAGUUUUUGACUUUCUAAAUUUGAAUAAGAAUAUUUUUAAUGUUAGCUUUUUAAUUUACAAACAUGACAAUAGAAAUCAGAUCAACAUGAGUCGUACUCCUCGUUCUAUAAAUAUGGUACGUGUCUAAAUCUUGUUAUUGCUUGUCUCUAAUCGUUUUCUUUGGACAUCAUAUCUUGUUUUCUAAUAAUAAUGUAUAUAGCACCAUCCAGCACUUGGAAAUUAGGUUUGAAUCUUGAUGCUAAUAGUUAUUUUUUUUGAAAGAUUAUAGCUUCAUUUAUUAUUGUUUGUUUGAAUCCAGCAGUAAAUGAUAAAUAUUUUUAUAUCUUAUAUUAAUAGGUUGUUGUUCAUCUUCAGGAGAAUCAAGCAAGGAAGUAAAAGUUUGAUAAAGAAAUUUAGGAGAUGAAUUUCAAUCAACAAAGUAUUUUAACAAGUAUAGUUUGUGUGGCUACUAAUGUUUCUUUUAUGUUCGGAUGACAUAGCAUAAUACACAGGCAUAUUUGAUUUUGUCUCUAUUUGCUACACACAUUUGAUUCAGAUGGAUAGAUAUAGAGAGAACAACAGUAGUAUUUCAUUUUCUGUACUGAAUGGAUGUACUUUCCCAAAAAUGGCAUGCAUUUUAG